AUGCCACUCCAUAUCAAUAUCAGCUUCGACAGCAUUGUCAAGUCUGCGGUCUGCAACAUGGAGGCUGUCUCCACUGGAGUCAUGACUGUUACAGGCUAUCUGAGCUCCAUCCUGCUUUCCUUUGCUAUAAGCCGCAUCGUCGUAGCAGCCAUUCUGGUUCCACUUUAUGUGUCCAAGGUGGCUCUGUCCUUGCUCCCUUCUGCUAUUAAAAACUCCAUUAAUCUUAUCACGCCCACCGGUUGGUCACGCCUUGCCCAAAACACCGAACAGUAUCGAUCCCGAUCGGACACCCUCGCCCAUUCCCAGCUCGACGGUUCCUAUCGAUUCAAGCAAGAUGAAACAUUCCCCGUCGAGAAGGACAGCAAAGGAUGGAUGGAGGGUGCUCCGUGGGCACACGAUACCCAUGAAUUCGCCGUCUGUGGAGCCACAGUGCGGUAUAUCCAUCUACGACCUAGCUACAGCAGCGUUCUCCAGGACGGACGGAGAACUCACCGGCCGAUUGUCUUCUUACAUGGUAAUCUGAGCUGGAGCUAUUUGUGGAGAAAUGUGUUUCCCUCGCUGCUCGAACAAGGACACGACGUCUACGCCAUCGACUGGCUGGGCCACGGCCGAAGCGACAAGAUCCUGCGUCCUCAAUCGAUGACAUUGGAACUGCAUAUAUACACUGUAGUGAAGUUCUUUGAAGUUACUGAGCUUGAGAAUGCAAUAAUUGCAGCGCACGACUGGGGCGGGUGUAUCGCUCUCUGCACCCUCCCCCGACUGCCAUCAAAUACCUGCGAUAGCCUCUUCCUGUUGAACAGCUUCUUCCCACCCCGUCUCAGCGAUACUUCCCUACACUACCGCCUCCUCAACCGCAUCUGGUAUUGCACCACUGGCCUGCUGCACGGUUUCCUCCCCCAAUCCGCCGUCCUUCGCUUCCUCGCUCCCCAUCUCUCCAAAGAAGAUAUCGCAGCCUAUACUGCACCAUACAAAGGCCUACCACGCGCAUCAAAAUCCAGUAUCGAGCGAUUCAGCCACAGCAUCCCAUCCCUGCCUCGAUUCGUCCUGUUUACACUGCGUCAGACCUACAUUUGGAAAGUCCUCGAAGGUCUCGCAGGCCCAAGCCACUUUGACUCUCUAAACGUUCAAGCCCGUUUCUCUGCACAGGGAGACCAGGUGAGGCGGUUCUGGAAUCUUAAACAAUAUGACGACGAGACCGAGGUUAUUCAUGUUUUCGGUGACAAGGACCCAAUCCUUAAAGACUACAAGAGUGUGUUUGCGCAGACUAUCCAUCCCGAGCGUGUUGUGGAUUGGGCACCGAGCGGGCUUUGGAUUGUAGGUGCUGGACAUCUGCCCAUGGAAGGGAAGCCUGGGGAGGUUUCUGGGUUGAUUGCCAAGUUUGCGAGGGGGUCUGAUGGGGGUGCUAGAUAA